AUGGGCGAUUCAGGGCUUCAGGACGACACUUGCAACGGUCUACCGGCACGAACGGACCAAAGUAUACCAGGGAGUUAUCCAGGUGGCCACCCUAAGAUACAGGGCCUCAAUAAUGAGACGGCACAUGCCGAAAGGGUAUCAGUUUAUACAGAGAAUGGCUCCGCUCGAUCGUUGCAGGAUGGCAAUAGCGAAGGGGCAGGAGGAGAAGGAAGCAAACGGAAUCCAGAAGCUCUGGAACCGACUGCUAGAGAAACCCCACACAUGUAUGUGAUAGUUAUGGUUGGUGUAUCGGGCGGAAUUUAA